AUGGAACAAGCGGGUCCACGACAGUUGUUCAAUACUUCUUGGACUGUCUACCGUCUUUCCCCUCUCCAUCACGGGAAAGACUGUGAAACCCUCUUGGACAACCAGAUCGCCUUAAAAACAUAUGCAACGCGUCUUCGUGACCAUCUGACAGGAGAUGUCCUAGCUGGGCUCCAGACAAGCACUGGCGCAACAGAUGAGGAUGCGCUCUCCAAAACAGGCGCCCUCAAAGAUUGUCUAUGGCAGCCAAUCUCCCCCCAAUCAUCCGCACGCGAUGAAGAGACUAGCAGUUCCCAGGAGAUCACAUUUCCUGGUAUCCUAGUGACUCUGGAAUAUGAGAAUAUCACCUACAAAGCAGCUUUGCUUGCAGAUACAGGAUCCUCCCCCAAUCAACGCACGGGAUCCACAUCUGUUCCUCUCCUCCUAACCAGAUUCCCAACCGCGCUACGGCAAACAUUCCUCGCCUUCUUAGCUACCAACUUUGAUACUUACUACUCGUCCCUCCGACUUCCUUCGAGUUUCCUCUGCGCGGGAUUGGAUACAUACGUCGAUGCUCUGCGUACUCAAGGAGGGUCAGGCGACAAUGACACAGCUGAAGAUGUCAUCAAGGAGUUACAACUCACACUCUCCUUUUCGCCCUCGAUUGCACCAGCCCUCAGGUCUCUGAAUGUCAGUGUGGCGCGUGCCUCACUUUCGGGAUUCCUUCGCGAUCAGUCAGGCCAGUCGGCGCCAAAGUCACGCACUCUCCAGCGCAAACUGCAGAGCCCUUUGAUUGCGAACCUAACUUCGUACUUGGAGACACAUCUUGCCAUGAAGCUAGAUCUUGACGGUUCGUCCUCGAAUCAGACCGCUAAGCAGCAUGUACGACUGUCAAAGGUUGCCUGUUCUGCAUUCGUUUUGGGCAGUGAAGGACGUGUGAAGCUGGUUGUGGCUGCUGAUCGUGAUAUGGAUGAGGAGUCGGCGAGCCAAGUCCGAAGAGACAAAGGCAAACUUGCCUUCGAGGCUGGGGAACUGCUUCUCCGGUCGUUGAUCCGGAAAGCUGCUCUCGGAGAUAAUCCCGCUACAUGA